AUGGCUUUUAAAGACACCGGGAAGACACCCGUGGAACCAGAGGUGGCGAUUCACCAAAUGAGAAUGACUCUAACCAGCCGCAACAUAAAGUCUUUGGAGAAGGUAUGUGCUGACUUGAUCAGAGGCGCAAAGGAAAAGAAUCUCAACGUGAAAGGACCAGUUUGGAUGUCUACCAAGACUCUGAGAAUCACUACAACAAAAACUCCUUGUGGUGAAGGUUCUAAGACUUGGGAUCAUUUUCAGAUGAGGGUACACAAACGACUCACUGAUUUGCACAGCCCUUCUGAGACUGUUAAGCGGAUUACUUCCAUCAGUAUUGAGCCAGGAGUUGAGGCUGAAGUCACCAUUGCAGACGCUUAAAUCAACCUCUUUAAUAAAUUAUCAGUUGCUAAAAAAAA